AUGAGUCAUCAACCUAUCAAAGGGUUUGAGAUACUAACUCCUAGUCGUUAUGAAACUGGGAGUGCGCUAUCAAUACGAGAUUGCCCUCCUGUUUCGGCUGAUGGAAAGCCACCCCCACCACUACCAAGACGGGUGAGGUCCCUUCUUUUAGCUACAGAGGAACACAUCAAGUUCGUGCAGGAGUUUUUUCGGUUAAUUUCCGACUUAUCAUUCUCUCCGUUAAGCCGCAAAGAAGAAUUCAUCGAACAGUUUAUUGGAGGAUGGACGGAGAGACUGCUCCAACAGCUUCAACAGCUCUCGCACAACAUCGACGCGUCUGAGCCAUCACAGCCCGAGCUACAAAGCUUCCCAUUAGCCUUUGUAGCGAAAUUUGUGUCUUAUGUGGUUGACAAGGCCGUUUUGGCUGGUUUUUAUAAUUCUCAGGAGGCUGAUGAACAUCUGAGACCAUUCCUGCAAAAAUGGGAAGGGUCUAGGAAGCCUGGUGGCACGAUCUCAAACCUCAACACUGUCGAGAAGCGCAGGAGAUCAUCCAGAAAGCUGUUUCAGUGCACAGCAGCAUGUGCCGAGUUUUUAGGAGUCUCUGCGCAUACUAUCCCGUUAUUUAAUGACGGCUGGUAUACGGACAACGACAUUAAGGCUAUCAGGCAACACUUAGCGUCGAACUCAAUUGCAAUACAGCACCACGCCUUUGGCAGACUGCUAGAUCCUAGUAAUCUGAUGCCUGUACUUCUUUGGCCGUUGCUUUGGCCCCUGUCUGAAACCUUCGAGCUAUACCCGGUGGUCGGAGGUACAAAAGCUCAGCAGAGACUAAGAGAGCUUCACCGGAAUGCCACGGCGGAGAUUCAGGAAAUGAAGCCAACGGCAGAUAAUCCAACGGGAAAGAGUGAAGAUUAUCCCGAGGGACGAAACUAUAGCGAGUGUGCGAUAUUUGUGACAGCGGCCAUAGGGUAUCUGAAAUCGGAGGUACUGGCAGCACAAUCUCCGUUCGACUUGUUUAGCAGCACAAUUGACACGAAGGCCGGCGACCCCCAGCUGUUGAGAUUAGCCGGAAAAGGCACAGGGUUUCUACCCGAUAACGUUGAGCUUCCAGGCCUUGCCUUGUCUUAUUCCUCCGGAGAGAUAGAAGUCGCGAUUUCCAACUUCAAUGCGGCAGUUUCGUGGCCGUCGAAUAAAGGCCUCAUCUUUCGUGGCAAAUUAACCAGCCGCAAGGAGCAUUACACAUGGUUAAGCAUACAAUCCUUUAAAACAUCUCAAGAGCUUUGCCGUGAUCUCGUGGAAAUGGCUAAAUCUGAGAGUGGUCGCUAUACCUAG